AUGAGUGAUAACUCGAGUCCCAAAGAAAGUGCUGCCAUGAUGAAGCAGCCGUGGUUCCGAGAGGCUUAUAAAGCUGCUAUGGAAUUUUACAAGAUUGAUGAUCAACUGGACUCCCGAGAUAGACUUGAGCUUUCUAAAGCAUACCAAUCAAUCACUAGAGCAGAGUUUCUAGGCGGAUGGGUUGGGUUCUCUGGUGUCUUUUUGACACCUUUUGCCUACCGAUUUUAUAAGACGAAUGCUAUUAAGGGCGUGAAAGUACCCAGGAACUUUAUGCUGGGGCUUUUAGUCAUGUUUGGGUCUUCACAACUUGCUGGGAACUAUAUGUUCUCCCGACAAUUGUCUAAUCUGGAUCCUGAUGGUACUUUGGCAAACAGGAACAGCUACGAUGACGAAGGCUCCUCUCCUGAGCACAAGACGAACGCCCAAAGACAGUAUGAGAUGAUGAGACUACUCAACAACGGUUCUGCUGCUCGCUGGGCAGCUUAUUUCCACAUGACUCAUCAGGAUCCAGGACGAAGGCUACCCAAUCCUGAAGAAAAGCUCAAGGCGUUGAAACAGGGUCUCAAUGUUCAAAACAGUUCCUUCAUGAACCAGAGAGAUCCCAUGGGAUUAUACUCAGGACCAGCUUUCGACAAGAAAGAAGGUAUUCCUGACUACAAGCGUAAGACUUCGACUGACGAUACGAAUGGAGAGACCACCAAUGCCAGUGACCUGACGAAUUCUUGGGAGACGAUACGCCGGGAAGGUAACGCACCUGGCUCAUCGUGGGACAGGGUGAGACAAAAUAAUGGCGCUAACGACAAUGGAACGCAAAGUCCUACGGAGUAUCAACAUGACGAAGAAGAUGAUCCAUUUGACACUGUGGUUCAACCUAGCCAAUCUGAUUUCGAUCAGUUAUUAGAGAAGGAAAGGAAUGGAGAAGAUACGUAUCAGUAA